AUGGAGGCUAAGAGUGAUGGGGUAAAACCGUUGGAUCCUGUUACUCCUGGGAACGAUGAUAAUACGCCACCAAUACGUGGGAUUGGACUGCGAAUAACUAAUAUAGAGGGUAAUCCUAUGUUGCCAAGACGUGGUUUGUACUCUACCAAUAAUCCAUCGGUGAUUGAUGGGUUGUUUCAAAUUUCCAAGCCUGUGGAUCUAGAUGCUAUGGGGGGAGUCGGAGGAGGGUAUACGGCUGCCAACAUGCAGACUCAGGCAAACCCUAGUUCGAGUAAUGGAGAGAAGAGGGGUGCUGCUCAUGAGGAUGAGUAUUUUUGGGACUCUUUAAAGAGGGAUACUAACACUUCGUAUGCAGAAAAGCUUCAGUCCAAGAGUCGAACCAAAAGGGAGGUAAACUUCCGUUUCAUGCAAUCUGAUGAGAUUAGAGAAGAUGCUGACAUUGUUAUACCUAGAGAGGUCGUUAAACAGGUCCAAGAAAAGUUUGAAAACGUUCUAUAUGGUUAUUUCUUGGGAAAUAGACUUCCUUUCCCGGUGGUAGAAUACUAUGCCAAAAAUGUUUGGUCGAAGUUCGGAUUCUCUAAGCUAAUGAUGAACUCAGCGGGUUUCUUUUUCUUCAAGUUUGAAGAUAAGGAGGGUAUGAUGAAAGUUCUGGAAGGUGGUCCGUGGUUGAUAAGGAAAAUUCCGUUGUUUCUUAAUGUUUGGUCGCCGAAGGUUAGCUUAAAAAAGGAUGGCAUUAAAACUCUUCCUCUUUGGGUCAAGUUACAUAAUGUUCCCAUUGCAGUUUUUUCAGAUGAUGGUCUAAGUUUAUUGGCUUCUAAGUUGGGAGUUCCUAAAAGAUUGGAUGCUUACACAGCGGAUAUGUGUGCGGAGAAUUGGGGUCGGAGUAGCUAUGCACGUGCUAUGAUUGAGGUUAAUGCGGAGACUGAGCUAAAAGAUCAUAUCUCAAUUGCCAUUCCUAAGAUGGAUGAGGAAGGUUAUAUUAUGGAGCAUAUUAAAGUUGAAUAUGAAUGGCGACCGCCUCGGUGUGCUACUUGCUGUCUAUUUGGCCACGAUGAUCUCUCAUGCCCCAAAAGUGAUAAGGGUAAAGCUAAGCAGGUCACGGUAGAUGAGGAGGGAUUUGUUACAGACCGGAAGCGUGUUGCUAAGCAGGCUUUUCCCCAAAAGAAGCAAAGGCCAAAGUUUAUGUAUAAACCGAAGACGAACAACUAUGGUGCUAGUACAUCUGGUACGAAAUCUAAUAGUGGGCAGCCUAUGGUGAAAGUAACAAACCAGUUUCAGGCUUUAGCUACGGACGAUGAUGGAGAUAUUCUAAAAGACGCCAAUGGGCAGCCGUUAGAGAAGGCAGAAGUGGUCAAGAUUACGAAGAUAAAUGAUGAGGUUCUCGAUGAGAUACCAACGGAAAUGGCUAAAUUUAUGAGUAACAACACGAUGGAGACUCAUGUUAGUGUUAACAACUUGGGGAAAAUCUGCAAGAAUGUCUUUCGAAGGUGGAACUGGACUUCCAAUGGAGGCUUAUGUCAGAGAGGAACUAGAAUUAUCUUGGGGUGGAAUACUGAUGAUGUUGACCUCAUGGUGCUUUCUCAAUCAGAUCAGGUUAUCCAUACUCAAGUCCAUCUAAAAGCUGAUUCCAGAUCGUAUUUUUGUUCCUUUGUCUAUGCGGAGAAUAAGUAUCAAGAUCGUAGAACCCUUUGGAAUGAUCUUUGUAAGCAUAACACCUUAGCUCAUGCUCAACCGUGGGUAGUUUUAGGUGAUUUUAAUGCAGCCCUAAACUUGGAAGAUUGCUUAUAUGGUUCUUCGUCCUAUACUAUUGGUAUGAGAGAAUUUUUUGAUUGCAUCCAAGCUGUUGAGCUUGUGGAUGUUAAGAGUCAUGGAUUGCAUUACACCUGGAAUCAAAAACCGAAGGAAGGGAUUGGUGUUCUCAAGAAAAUAGAUCGUAUUAUGAGUAAUAUGAAGUUCAUGGAUUUAUUUCCGGAAGUGUAUGCGGUUUUUCAACCAGCUCGGGUUUCUGACCAUACCCCGUGUGUCCUAAAGCUGCCCUCUAUUUCUCGGUCCAAACAAAGGCCUUUCAAAUUUCCGAAUUUCCUAACCUCUAAACCUGAAUUCAGACAACUUGUUGUCAACGAAUGGGCCAAGGGAGUGCAUGGAUGUCAUAUGUUCUCGGUUACUAAGAAGUUGCGGAAUCUCAAGCCUUGUUUUCGUAAACUUAUGCAAAUCCAAGGUAAUCUGCAUGACAAGGUGAAACGGCUGCGUUGUGAAUUGGAUUCCAUUCAGCAAGUUGUAGACGCGAACCCGCUAGAUGGUGAGGCUCGUAAUUUAGCUGCUAUAUGUCUUCGUCAGUUUCAGGAGGCGGCCUAUGAUGAGGAGUGCUUCUUAAAACAAAAAUCUAAAGUUGAAUGGCUAUGCGCGGGUGACUCGAAUACAACCUAUUUUCACAAUGCUGUGAAAACUAGGAACUUUAGAAACAAAAUACAUUGUAUUCACGAUGUGCUUGGGAAUCGCUUUGAGGGUGAGGAUGUCUCGAUUGCCCUUGUGGAUCAUUAUUUGAAUUUUUUGGGCUCGGUGCAUGGGGUUCAAAAUUUUGAAGAUGAGGAUCUCUUUGUUAAUACCCUAGACCAAGUGUCGGCCGAUUACAUGGUUAGGCAAGUGACCCGUGAAGAGGUGAAGUCAGCCAUGUUUAAUAUUGGUGAGAACAAGGCUCCUGGCCCGGAUGGAUUCACGUCUGCUUUCUUCAAACAUUCAUGGGAUAUUGUGGGUGAGGAGGUUACUAAUGCUAUUCUGGAUUUUUUUCAUAACGGUAAACUUUUGAAGCAGGUUAACCAUACGAUUAUCGCUCUGGUUCCAAAGAAGGACACCCCAAACUUGGUUACGGAUUACCGCCCUAUCUCUUGCUGCAAUGUUCUUUUUAAGUGCAUCAGUAAGAUAAUCACGGAUAGGAUUAAAGGGAGUUUGGAUAAUCUGGUCAGCAUAAAUCAGUCAGCCUUUGUACCGGGAAGGAAAAUUUCGGAUAAUAUUCUUCUUACGCAGGAAUUGAUGCAUAAUUAUCAUCUUAAUCGGGGACCGGCAAGAUGUGCAUUUAAGAUUGAUAUUCAGAAGGCGUAUGACACAGUCAGCUGGCACUUCUUGGAAACUAUUCUUCAUCGAUUUGGUUUUCAUAGAAAAAUGGUGAAUUGGAUUAUGACAUGCGUUAGAACGGUCACAUAUUCAUUGAGUAUUAAUGGGGAGCUUCAUGGUUAUUUUGCAGGGAAGCGGGGUCUAAGGCAAGGAGACCCUAUGUCUCCGUAUUUGUUUACACUAGUAAUGGAGGUCUUAUCUCUUUUAUUGCAACAAGCUGCCGCUCAUGAUUCUUUCAAGUUCCAUGCUCGUUGCACAAAACAAAAGAUCAUAAAUGUGUCGUUUGCGGAUGACUUGUUCAUUUUUUCGCAUGGUGAUAGUGCAUCAGUCAAACACAUAAGAGAAGCCCUAGACAAGUUUACAAAAAUUUCGGGUCUGGUUCCUAGCUCGCCCAAAAGCACCGUAUUCUUUAGUAACGUACCUCGACAUGUAAAAGAGCAAAUUCUGGCAGUUAUGCCGUUUCAGGAGGGAUCUCUGCCGGUCCGUUAUCUUGGUGUGCCGCUUAUCUCAUCUAGAUUGGCUGCGCGUGAUUGUAAAUCUCUUGUGGAGCGGAUAGAAAGACGCAUUGAUAACUGGAUGACCAAGUCGUUGUCUUUUGCGGGGAGACUACAACUGAUCAAUUCGGUUUUGGCAGCCAUGUAUUCGUAUUGGGCUUCAGUUUUUAUGCUCCCAAAUGGAGUUAUUAAGGAUUUGGAGAAGAGAAUGCGUUCUUUCUUAUGGAACGGUGGUACGCAGGGAUCGGUCCGUGCUAAAGUUGCCUGGAAGGAUGUUUGCUUGCCCAAAGAGGAGGGUGGCCUAGGCAUCAGGAGUAUUAUGGAUGUCAAUAGAGCCCUUCUAACAUCUCACAUUUGGAGCAUUAUUACCAAUCGAAAGUCCCUUUGGGUACAAUGGAUUCAUUCAUACAAGUUGAAAGGUGCUAGCUUUUGGGAUGUCCAGAGUCGUUGUAACAUCAGCUGGGGAUGGAGGAAACUAUUGGCUCUUCGCACUAGAGUUCGAUCUUGCUUUUGGAAGUCUAUUCGAAACGGAUGCAACACUAAUGCGUGGAGUGAUAAUUGGUGUGAUUAUAGUCCCCUUCGGUCGUUUAUAUCCCCUCGAGUCAUUGCUAAUGCUGGGUUAUCUUUACGCUCUAUGGUUGCUGAUCUUAUUGAUGAAAAUGGCCAAUGGUUAUGGCCUCAAGCAUGGUAUGACCUAUUUCCGGUUCUUAUUGAUGUCAAUGUUCCCCAGAUCAUUCCUGAUGUGGAAGAUCGGUUCCACUGGAAGGACACAGAUGGUAGAUUUCAAGAUUUUAAAACUUGGGAGGCUUGGAAUAGCUUGAGACAUAGAGAGGGGACGGUGUUCUGGGUAAAUGCGGUCUGGUUCAGUCAAUGCAUCCCUCGACAUUCCUUCCACUUGUGGUUAGUCAUCAAAAACAAGCUGAAGACUCAAGACAGAUUGGCAGAUUGGGAAGCGGGCAGCGCUACAAAUCUGAGACUCAUGUGUUGCCCCUUGUGUAAACAGGACCGUGAUUCUAGAGAUCAUCUUUUCUUCCAGUGCCCUUAUGCUUCGGAGGUUUGGGGCUUAGUGAGGAAUAUGGUAGACAUGGGAAGUGUUACGGAUUCGUGGUCCUCUAUUAUGUUAUGGAUGGAACUCAAUGCUCAUUUGAAGACCUUAGAGCAUAUUAUUUGUAAGAUCUUACUAUCAGCUACAACGUACUUUAUAUGGCAAGAAAGGAAUAGUCGAUUGUUCUCGCAACUUCAAAGGAAGACGUGUGAUCUCUCGAAGACCAUUAUUGAUUCGGUUCGGCUGAGGAUUAUGGGUUUCAAACUUGGUAGAGAGCCGAAGCAUAGGAAGAUAUUGGAGACAUGGCUGAUCUCGAAGAAUAUGGAGCUGAAUCCGGGCUAA